GCCAAUGAAAAAAGUUCAUUGCUCAAGUUGUCUAAACAGUUCAGAAAUUGUAUUCAUGGCUUAUAAAGAACUACAUUGAUAAUAACCGGUUUUAUGCAUGUGACAAGUGACACCCUUGUCUAGCCAGGCGCCUGAGAUGAUGGAAAAGAGAAUAUAAAUGAGAAUGUUGGAGGAAGAAACCAACAUGCAUAUUUAUAGAUAGAAAUUAAAAGACGAUUCCACCCAAACCCUCAUUAUGUCGAUGGAAAGUUUAAUAAAUCUGGACACUUUAACUGAAGAAGAACGCAAGAUUAUCUUGUCUGUCUUGAAGAAAGAUGAUGAACUUAAACGGACACAAGACAAAAAAAUAGGGCAUCUGAAGUUAGAAAUCCAAGCAAUUCGCAUGAAAAGUGUGCUACGGAAUGGGGAUGACUUGUCCAAAAUCUGUGCCAGGUGUCAUGCAGAGCUGGGAUUUCUCUUCAAUCGUGGUGACCCUUGUCCAAAGUGUCAUUUUCGUGUGUGUCGAGCAUGUCAAGAACAAGGGCUUGCAGGCACAUGGUUGUGUACAUUAUGCCAUAAGCAAAGGCAGUUGAAAUUUUUUAUGGAAGAAUGGAAUAAGAAAGGAAAGACUGCUAAAAAGACAGGUACUGACCUGGUCAAGGCCUCUAUGGUCAAACAAAGAAGACCUGGUAGAGUAAAUGAUGACACUUCUCAGGUGGAAAAAUCCAGAGGUGUUCAGAAUGGAAAUCCAGUCCAAAAUGGAACAUCAUUUCGAAGUAAGAAAGAAGCAGAGAAUGAAAGGAUUGAAUAUCCCAAUGACUCUGACAAAAGAAAGCUGAGCCAACUUUUCGAUACAUUUAAAUUGGGUAAAACUAGUGAAAAAACUGAACAUGUUGAAGCAAAACAACAAGUGUCAGUGAAAAAAUUAUCCACCAAACGUUACGAUGAUUCUGAUGAUUCAAGUUCGUCUGAUGAUGAUCGAUCGUCAAGAGAUUCGACACCAAAUGUUACGCACAGAAUGACAGACACACGAUCGGCAGAUGACUUUGUAACAGCAAGCAAUCUUACGAGGGGUGUCUUACAACGAAACUAUUCAGAUGAUUCUGAUCAAACAGCAAUGUCGGAUGAAACACCUUUCAUGAAAAAUACAGGAAGUACCGAAACACAGAUACGUGUUGAUAUUCAUUCUGAUUCAUCUGGAACUACACCGAAAAAAAUCAAACCUUCAAAAUAUGACCAAGAGACGGCGGGUAAAAUCAAAGAUCAUAAAUCAAAUCAUAUACACGACCAAGUUGUUAGGACAGGAAGUAUGUCAUCGUAUCGUUCAACCUCACCCGAAAACAUAGACACACCGCAAUUACAAAAGAGACAAGCCUACCAACAAAAUAGGUCACCGUCACCUUAUUCAUUUGACAGCAUUCCAUCAUCACAUGCAGAUUCACCAUUAUCAAAGAAAAGGUUUUCAACCGAAUUGUACCGACAGGAUUCUGACGCAGACUCUCGGUUUAGUGGUGUUAGUGGAAUCAGUGGAACGGCUGAACACAGUGGAACAGAAUCGUUAGUUAAGGAUAGUGGUGAAGAGGAUUACACUGUGGAAGAGUUAUCUAAUAUUAGAUUUAGACGAGUUUCCAGGAAGAACGGAAAGUCACAAAGAUCAUCAGAGCACAGUCCCAUUGAUGAUGAGGAGGUUCACCGGAGGGGUUCUUCAGGUAAGGGCAGGGUUCAAGUUGUAGAUUUACCUGAGGCUAAGGGGUUUGUUCAAAUAUCUGAAAUUUCUCUUAUUGACAUUGAAAAAGACGUUGAAAAUGACAGUGAUACUUUUUUAAAUCUUGAACUUGUCCCCCCUCCCAGUUCAAACUCACAUGGUAAAGGGUUAAUUUUAACUGAUAAAAGUGCAGGCAGUCCAAUUACCAAUGAAGAAGCUCAGAAAUUAGCGCAUAAGUCUGGCGUGGACUUGAAACAAAACAUUCCGAGAAAAGUAAAAAGGCAAGUAGUUUCUUCAGUAAACAAAGAGAUAUCAUAUAAAAGUGUGCCUAAAACAGAACCAAAAAUUGAUGCAGAAAAUGUCCACUCUUUACAGUCUUCUAGAGAAUCAAAAUCAAGUGAAAAGUCUGAAAAAUUGAACAAAAGAACUGAGAAAGAGUUGAAUGAACAACUUCAAAGGGAGUUGGGAGGUAAAAAGAUUAAAACUAAACAACCACAGUUGGAGAAAAAACAGAUAUCAAAAACUUCAAUGAAACAAGCUGAAUCUCAAGAUAGUAAGAAGAGCGUAGCAACUUCUGAAUUCGAUGUUUCUAAAAAGAAGAAUAAAGAUCAAAAGAGUAAGAAAAGUGUAGAGGCUAGUAAAAUAAAUAAAGACAUAAAAUCAUCUGAGCUAGACCGCCAAGACCUAUCGUUUGAAGAGCUUGUAUCAGAGAAAGAUAUAAAAUCUAAACAUUCAGUUGAUUCAGAAUUUGACAAAAUAUUUAACAUAGCCAUAGCAGACCUUUCAGUUGAUGAGUCUACAACAGAUAUGAGUGAUACUGGUUCAUUUAGUAGAGCAAAGGGAAAAAAGAUUAAAAAAUUGAUGAAGAAAAGAAAGAUGGAAAAGAAGGAAAAUAAGGAUUCAAAUUAUGAAAAUAAAAUGGGCAAUGAUCCUGAAGAUCUGAAAAACAAGAAUAAUGGAAGUAAGAAAAACAUUCAUGAAGUGAAGGAAGAUAGCAAGCACAAAAAAGAAUUUUCUGUAGAUAUAAAAGUAGACAUAAGUGACAAAAACGAAUAUGGAAAAAUCAAAAAGAAGAACAAAGAAGAAAAGAAAAAUGAAGGUCAAAAACAAUAUAUUGAAAUUCCAAAAGAAAGUGAACUCCAUGAAACAUCAGUAGAGGUAACUCGGAAAGUGGAAAACAAAAUUAUAGAAAGGGAAGUAACUCCAGAACUUGUUACUGAGGAAGUCAUAAACCCUGUCCGCAUUGUCAGAGAAGAGGCAUCAAUCUUACCAAUAGCAAAACUGGAGAACAUUGAAUUAUCAAUGACAAAGAACCUGGGUAAAGGUGGAAAACAGCAAAGGUCAGAACAAGAUCAACUAGAUAGUAAAAGGGAGACAACUCACAAAACAUUAGAUGAAGAUCUAUCAUCAGGGGAGAUCAUUAAUGAAUCUAAAGAUAGUACUGUUGGAAUUCCUUCUACUAUGUCAGAAGAAUUUGAACAAAUGGGGGAAAUAGAUUUUGAUGAUUUAACUAUGGAACAAAUUGGUGAGUUGAUGAGGAGAAAAUUAAUACCUAUGGAUGAACAAAUACUUAGUCUAAUUGAAUUUUCACAGAAUCGGGAAAAGUUAUCACCUGCAUUGAUGGCAAGAGGAAGUUGUGAUUCCGAUGAACUCAGCAUUAUUGACGAAGAAUCGGAACCAAGUGAAUCUGAUACAUCUACAGAAAAAAAUCAGAUGCCCGUGGAAAACACAGAACAGGAUGAUAGUAUGGUUACCAUAGAGACUAAUACUGAAGUUUCAAAACAAAAUAUUGGUGAAAAAAUAACUACAAAUGUCUUUGAUCAAGUGAAGUCAUCAGAAAAUGAACUUAGUACUUGGAAUGAAAAAGAUGCUCUUCCUAAUCAAAAUAUUGAGGUACAUUGUCAUGAUGAUACUUCUGAAAUGUCUUCACCCAUGGAUGACUCUACUAAACAAGAAAAUUUAGAAAAAAAUAUUUCAGUGGAAAAAGAAGAAAGUAAAAAUGUAGUAAAAACUAGCACUGAGGAUUUACAGAAAUUUUAUCAAGAAGUAAAAGAACAGGUUGCAUUAGAACGUUUUAUGGAAACACAGAAAUUAAAAAAUUCACAGAUAGAUUCUAGCCAUUCUAUAACAAAGGAUAAUUUAACAGAUGAUUUUAAUGACAGCCAAGCAUCUGAGCAGACAAAUAUUAAACAUGAAAAAGAAUUGAUUUCUAAACAUUCUGAAGAUGAGCAAAUGGAUGAUCAAAAACCUGAUAGCAUUAAAGCUGAGAUAUUUUCAGAAAAACAUCAUAAAAGUUUGCCAAUAGAAAAUUUGCAGAAUGAAGAUAUUAAACGUCUGCAGAUGACAGAAAAGCUCCAUGGUAUAGCUACUGACAAAGAUAUUCAGUCAGAUGGGAGUAAACUGUCUGUAAAAGAUAUUUCUGUGGAUGAUCAAAAGUCUGUUGACCUUGAGGUGAACUUGAUAACAAGCCAAUCAGAAACAAUCUCAAAAUCUGUUGUACAGAAUCAGUCUAAUCCUCGUGUCAGUUCAAGUUCACUAGAGGUAGACAAAUCUGAUGAUGUGUCUAAUGUAGAAUUAGCUUGUAAGGAGUGUCCGUCGGCUGGAAAAAUCGUUGAUGAAAAAAUUAAAAUUGUGACUUCUCCUGUUGAGCAAAAGACAUUUGAAACUGAUAAUAUAAAGCAGUUUUCUUAUACGGCUGAAUCUACACCUGAAAGGACUUACAAUAAACCAAAAGAUGAUACACCAUAUCCAGGGGGCUAUACUCCAACAAAGGCAGAUUUGUCAGCAGACAUUACGUUAACACCAGCUGAACAGAGUAUGGAUUCUGAAAACACCUUUUGUACUGCGUUAGAUGAUAAUAUGACAGACAAAGAGGUCAAGGACAUUACAUGUCAAAAAUUGAAAGAGGCUAAGAAAUCUGACCUUGUAGGUCAAAGCCUGUCAAGGGAAGUCCUUGUAAAACAGUGGUUGACAUCAAAAACAGAAUCAAGAGAAGACAACUCUAGUCCACAGUCAGACUCUUCUGAACUUGCCUCUGACAAACUGACCUUGCAAAUAAACCCUGCCCUAAAAUCUGAAACCCCUGCAUGUGACCUGUCUUCCCAGCAGAUGACCCUGCCCAAAUUAAACAUGCAGGAGUGGAAAGAGACAGGUAUAAAAGAAGCUGAUUCCAUUACAAAAUUGUCACCCAGAGCCAGUUCAGAAGGGUCAGCGAGCCUAGAAGACAGUGGUCAUGUCAGUGGAGCGUCAACGCAAGAAAAUACACCGGAGCAUCGUAGAACCGAUAGUUUACAGAGUCAGGCAUCAAUGGCAUCAUCUAAGUUGUCUACCCUGACAGACAAGGAGAGUGAGGAAGAUCCUGACAUUGAUGAACUCGUAAGGUCACAUCGAUCUCUUAAUCAAGGUUCAAUGGGUGGUAGUCGUGGCAACCUAUUGUCAGCCAUGACAGAGAGCAGAGAGAGUAUUGUCAGUUUUUAUAGCAACGCUGGCGAUGUAGAUUACGGUAAAAUACCAAUAACAGGAGACAUACAGUUUGGUAUGGAUUAUAACUACAGAACAGGGACGCUGGAGAUACAUAUAACUCAGUGUAAAGGAUUAGCACCUGCAGACACCAGGAGAAAUAGGUCUGACCCGUAUAUAAAGACAUAUUUGUUGCCAGACAAAACAAGAAGUGGAAAAAGGAAAACAAAGAUCAAGAAACACACACUUAAUCCUGUAUUUGAUGAAAAGUUGAGAUACUUGAUAUCUAAGAGCGAACUGGAGAACAGAACUUUAUGGGUGACUGUCUGGCACAAUGAUAGAUUUGGUAGGAACGAUUUCCUUGGGGAAGUCACAAUUAAUUUUGACUAUUACAGAUUCGGAGAUUCAGCAUCAAAAUGGUACAAGUUACAAGAAAGGGUUCCUCCACAUGAACGACAGAAUAUAAGGUUUGAACAGCCGACUUCUCUUCUAACUUAUAAAGGGGACAUCAUUCUCUGUCUGAAGUAUGUUCCAGCAGAAAAAGUCAACAGAGAUUCAGACUCUCCCUCUCCGUCAAGGAAGAAGGCCAGGAAACCCAAACUGCCUGGAGACAAAGGUCAGCUACAUGUGCUUAUCAAGGAGGCUAGGAACUUGACUGCUGUCAGAUCUAAUGGCUACUCAGAUCCUUUCUGUAAAGGGCAAUUACAGCCAGAUAAAGAAAAACAGAAAACACAAGUGAUAAAAAAAGAAUGCAAUCCUGCAUGGAAUUGUACCAUGGUGUUUGAAGACGUCACUGCUGAAAAUCUGAGGGAGAAGUCAUUGGAGCUGACAAUAUGGGACCAUGACAAACUGUCUAGUAAUGACUUCUUAGGAGGAGUCAGGCUGAAUCUGGGAACAGGAAAAAGUUAUGGUAAGCUUGUAGAUUGGAUGGAUGCAAGAGGAGAGGAGAUUUCAUUAUGGCAGGCUAUGGUAGAUAGACCUAAUUUCUGGAUAGAUGGCGCUCUGGUACUCAGAUCCACCAUGAGUAAAAGGAAGUGACAUCACAAAAUAAUAUCCAAUCAUAAUUGAUGGUGAUAAGCAUGUUCAGUUGUCCCAGUUAUCAGAUGGACAUGGUGUAGAUGCUUCUAAUUGAUUCAAGAUGGAGGAUUUGACAUAGGUGAAGAUAAUGAGACCGAGAGCAGAAUUAUUUACAUUGUUGAAAGACUUGGAGAGAUGAAAUUGUUUUUAAAAAAUGCUGCCAAUAAAUUGCAUAUGUUGUAAUUUCUAAUUUUUCAAAGGAAAUGAUAAUAAAUAUUUAACUGUUUCGUCUUUCAAGAGUAUAAAAAUAUUAUGACAUUCAUAUUGAAUAACAAGACCACUGUACUUUAAGCCUUCAAACAAAAGUCUGCCUAUAAAUAGUUAAUGAUUUAAGCUUUCUAAAUUAUCUAACAAAAAGUUAAUGCAGUAUGUUGUCAAGAUAAAGUGUUGGAAACAAAUUGCUUGAAGCUUAAAUAUUCCAAAUACCUCAUAUAUCAUUGUGCAAUUAGGAUUUUGUUAAAUGUUGCAUUUUAUACUUGCUUGGGUUUAUUUAUACUUUGAAAAAGGCAACAGUUGGUGAGGAAACAUCAAUCAGUUUUAAAGUCCAUGUAGGCCAACUUAACUUAAUGUAUAAAUUUUCAUCAAUUUUAACAAAAUUAUUAGACAGAAAUUUUCCAUUUUACAAUUUUGACAAACAAAUUCAAUAAAGGAAGUUUUAGUUUGGAGUAAUAGCUUUAUGGAUUGACUUAUUUAUAAAUUAUAGAUGAUACAAAUAAUUAAGAAAGUGACAGUUGAUAUGUAAAUAAACGUGUGAUUACUUCAUGAAAUCUUAAUGAAAGAAAAGUAAACAUAAUUGAGAUGUACUUUGAUCCAAAUCUGCAAAUUAGAUCAAUUUUCAUUGUAUAAAAUUAUAUAUAUACAAUGGCACUUCCCUCCUUGACAAAAAAAAUAAAUUAUAAAAAUGUCACCAGAUGAUUGCAUUCAAUCUUUUGAAGUAUAAACAAGUCCAUAUCUGUAUCAUUUAACUUUGCACUUGUGUUAUUAUUAACAAACAGGGUUUCUAUUUCUUGAUAAGAUAUUUUGAUGUCUAAUCCAAGUGAUCUCUUAAUACAUUUCUGGACACUUUGGUCUCAUUUACAUUUUGA